CACUAGAUUGCUCCAACAAUGUGUGCCUCUUUUUUUUUUCAAAAAAGAGAGUCCUUUUUAGGUUUUUCUACUUUAAUUUUUCUAACAAUUUUUUUUUCUCAUAGUUGAACAUCAAGUGGAGUCUACUGCUUGAGUAAAACAUUACCUUUUGGGAGUUCACUUGGACAACACUUUUCAUUCUUUCACAUUUAUUUUAAGCCGUUGCUAUUCUGUUAACCUAGAAAACAAGACAGAGGCCUUGUUGUCUAAGCCUUGUCUCCAUGAAGGUCACCUCAAAGCUUGCAAGGAAGGCUUUUCAUUUCCUCUCUAGGGGACGAAGCACAUCAAUUCAGCUGCCCUCCUGCUAUGUCAAUCUGCGCCAUAUCUCAUGCAGCCCCUCUGAAGUCAACAAGCUUUGCAAUGAUGACUCACUGGAGUUCGCUAGAUGGAAGAACGGUGGUGGUCUUUUCCAUCAGUCCUCAGACAUUGACCCCACUGCAAUAAUUGAAAUAGGAGCAGUGGUACAUGGAAACUGUAUGCUGGCAUCAGAUGUUCACAUUAGGUCUGGAACAGUAGUGGGGUCUUCUGUAUCUAUUGGGCAGUCAACGAAGGUAGGGUACAAUUCUGUGCUAACUAAUUGCUCUGUAGGCAACUUUUCAACAAUCCAUAAUGGCGUCUGUGUCGGUCAAGAUGGGUUUGGAUUUUUUGUUGAUGAGAAUGGGCACAUGGUGAAGAAGCCCCAAGAGCUGUUCGUAAGGAUUGCAGACCAUGUGGAGAUAGGCGCAAACACAUGCAUUGAUAGGGGCAGUUGGAGAGACACGGUAAUAGGAGAUCAUACCAAAAUAGAUAAUCUUGUUCAGAUAGGCCACAACGUAGUUAUUGGAAAGUGCUGUAUGCUCUGUGGACAAGUUGGCGUCGCUGGCUCCGUGACGAUAGGUGAUUAUGUCACUUUGGGAGGCAGAGUAGCCAUACGAGAUCAUGUGACCAUCGCUUCAAAGGUAGUAUUCGAAACAAUUGGAUCAAACCACAGAUGUUAUGGGUUCAAAACUCAACUUGAUCGUGCGACAAAGUGUAGUAGCUUUCAUCUUAAUGUUUUUUUUCUAAAAAAAAUUGAAUGGCAGGUUAGACUUGCAGCAAAUAGCAGUGUUACAAAGGAUAUUACAGAGCCGGGUGACUAUGGCGGUUUUCCUGCUGUGCCUAUCCGCGAGUGGCGUAGACAAUUUGCUCGACUGCGUAGCACCUGCAAGUAAUCUACCGAGUCGAACAUCGACCAGAUGAAACCCCUGUCGACAUUGCAUUUGAAUUAUUGGGUCCAAAGUUCAGAUUCUGUAUGCAUAGCUCAAUGAGAAUUUAUUAUCAAUUGAUAAAUAAAAUGAGGUAUAUUUGUUAUCAAUUCA